AUGACCAACGCUUGCGUCAUCGUCCUCGUGGGCCUGCCGGCCUCCGGCAAGACAACCUUCGCGACGUCGCUCUCCGAUCACGUGGCGAGCAGCAGCCGUCGCGACGUCCGGUACGAGGUCGUGCACGUUUGCUACGACGAUUUGAUAUCGUUCGAGGACGACCCGUCUUCCUGGAGAGACGUCCGUAAGAAUUUGGUCAGCAGGGUGGACGAGCUCGUGUCUCUGAACGUGGGAAAACCCCCGGUUCAACCGGAGAACCGUCAGGACGGGGAGAUUACGUUCGCACGAGGAAGAACCAUCAAAACUCUAAUUAUCGUGGAUGACAACAUGUACUACCGCAGCAUGAGGUACGAGUUUUACCGGCUAGCCCGGACACGUAAUUUGUCUUUCUGCCAGUUGUAUUUCGAGUGCGCUAAAGAAACGGCGUUGAAAAAUAAUUUGAUGCGUGACGGGAAGUCUAGAGUACCGGACGACGUUAUUGUAAGAAUGUCCUCUAAACUUGAACUGCCGGACGGCGAUCGUAACCGCUGGGAGAGGUUUUCUUUGACCCUCCCGCCGUGCACGUACAACGCAGAAGUGCAUCGCAGGGUUCUGCAGCUGGUUGAAGAGGCCAUGGCGGAAGUGUUCACUCCCACCGAGGGUGUGCCGCCCGAGGACCGCGAUGCGUCGAGAGCUGAGUGCUCGGCGAAUCUGCUCCACCAGGUGGACAUCCUGUCGAGGAAACAGCUCGGCCUGAUCAUGGCACAAAAGAAUAAGGAAGGUCUGAGCAAGCAAGAGCUGUCCAAAAUUUCCACUUGCCUCAAUUCGAAACGGCUGGGCUUGCUGUCCAAAAUCAAAGUGGGUGAGGUAGUGUGUCCGGAAGUAGCCCAUGGGUCAUCCCCAGAAAUAGUGUUAAAAGAUUGGGUGGCGGAAGUGUUUGGCAGUCUUUAAUAACUCAAAACAUUUCCCCCCCCAUAAUGUUCAAGGCAGGACAAAAAACAUUUCCAAGCAGUGUUUCAUUUAUGUAUAUAGAAAAAUAAAUUAUAUGAGAAUUGUAUGAAUAUGUGUAUUAUACUUGAAGUUGUUUUAUUAGUAUUUACAUAAAUUCUUACUUACCUCCGAA